UUAUUUAUAAACAAAAGGGAAGAUCAGUGGAAGAAAGUAAAUAAAAAUCCGAAUUUUUUCAAAUGUAUUUUUACAGAGAGCACGAUGUCUGCAGCAUCGAAGCGCAAAUAUGUUUUUCAAGAGUUCGAUGAUAUGACACUCCCCACAGAUUCGCAAAUCAUUGUGCGGAUCGUCUCAGCCCGUGGUCAUAGUCUCUUCGAAAUUGUCACUCCUGCUGGAGAAGAAUAUCUCGUCUCAAUGCCAACUAAAUUCAGACAGAAUAUUUUCGUAAAGAGAGGUGACUACAUCAUUGUCGAACCAAUCAAAGAAGGCAAUAAGGUCAAAGGCGAAAUUGUUAAGAUACUUUCAAAGGAUCACAUUAAAUGGUAUCGCGAACAAAAUUGCUGGCCAUCGGAAUUUAACGAGGAUCUGAAGAGAAACGGAGAUUCAAUAAAAACGAAUUAUGCUCUUUGUGACGAUGAGGAACUUUUCGUAAAUACGAAUAGAUGUCAUCUUAACCAGCAAACGGAUGAUAGCGAUUCAGAUUCUAGUUCUAGCUCUGACGACAGCGAUUCAGAUUCUAGUUCUACCUCUGACGACAGCGAUUCAGAUUCUAGUUCUAGCUCUUCGAUUGAUUACGUCGUAGCUCCAAAAGACUGUACUUAUUGUUAGACUUUCUUCUCUUAUAUAUAUAUAUAUAUAUAUAUAUAUACAGGGUGUCCCAGAAUUGCCGUACAAUCUCUC